UGAGUUUUAGUUCUUUCGUUCAUUUUUACCCUUUUUUUCGGGUUUUCCUGACAGUAAUCUAUCGGCUCUCCGUAUUUGCGUCGAAGCUUUCGGCUUUCUUGUGUUCUAAGUUUCGUCUUCAUUCCCCCUUUUAUCGUUAAUUAAAUACAGACUCUUCUUCUCCAUUUUCAUCUUCAACCUUUAGGGUUCGCCUUCCUUUCGUCCUUUCUUUUUUUAUGAGGAACGUUUAGGUAGAGAAUGAGAGAGGAAUCGAGAGGAGGUACCAUGUUUGCAGAAUCAGACGGUGUUUCCCGUUCUAAAUUCGGUAAUCUCUUACAUUCUGAUCCAAGCAUUCCCACUGCAACUGACGAAGACGAAGAUUUCAAACCUCGUAAAAGCAGCGUUUCUGAAGCAACUCCACCCUUCUACGAUCGUAGCGGCCCCAUGAGUCCAGAUAGCUCUCCCUAUAACAUGUCCCCUUGGGACGCAACUUCAUCUCCUUACAGCAAGUCUCCAUGGACGAGAAACUCUCCUGUAAGUCCCUUCGAUGAGAAUUUCCCAACCAAUGGCCUAAUCGGAUCCCUAGUUCGCGAAGAAGGUCAUAUUUACUCUUUGGCAGCUUCAGGGGACCUUCUCUACACCGGAUCGGAUAGCAAGAACAUUCGCGUCUGGAAGAACCAGAAGGAGUUCUCUGGUUUCAAAUCAAACAGUGGAUUGGUUAAAGCAAUUGUUAUUCGUGGUGAGAAGAUCUUUACUGGUCACCAGGAUGGGAAGAUUCGUAUGUGGAGGGUUUCCUCUAAGAACCCUAGCGUUUACAAGCGUGCUGGAGCUUUACCGACCUUGAAAGAAUUCAUCAAGAGCUCACUCAAUCCGAGCAAUUAUGUGGAGGUAAGACGUAACAGGAAUGGUCUCUGGAUCAAGCAUUGUGAUGCUAUUUCUUGUCUUAGCUUGAAUGAGGAUCAAAGUCUGCUUUACUCUGGUUCUUGGGAUAAAACCUUCAAAGUUUGGAGAAUCUCAGAUUCCAAAUGCUUGGAAUCAAUAAACGCUCACGACGAUGCCGUCAACUCUGUUGUCACCGGUUUCGAUGGUAUGGUCUUCACCGGCUCCGCCGAUGGAAGCGUUAAAGUCUGGCGGAGAGAAAUACAGGGGAAAGGAACGAAACACUUCUUCGUACAAACGUUGCAUAAACAGGAAUGUGCCGUAACGGCGUUAGCCGUGAACCCAUUGUCGCAAAUUCUGUAUUGUGGUUCAUCUGACGGACUCGUUAACUUCUGGGAGCACGGGAAGCACCUUUCACACGGUGGGGUCAUUAGAGGACAUAAGUUAGCCGUCCUAUGCCUAUCUGCAGCUGGGAAUCUUGUAUUUACUGGGUCCGCGGACAAGACGAUUUGCGUUUGGAGGAGAGAAGGUGGGAAUCACUCGUGUCUUUCUGUUUUGACAGGUCAUACUGGACCCGUUAAAUGCUUGGCCCACGAAGAAGAUCGGGAAUCAACGGCUAGUGAUCAACGAUGGAUCGUGUACAGUGGAAGCCUAGAUAAAUCUGUGAAGGUGUGGAGGGUUUCAGAGCAAGCACCUGAUCUGCAACAAUUGGCAGCCAUGCAGGAAUACAUGGCGGAGAAUUACACGAAUCAAGAUGGUCAGAGCUUCUCUUUCCCUGGCACUGGCACUGGCAAGAAACGGCAUUACUGA